AUGAAUUUCAAUAAAAAUAGAAAAGUCACUUUAUUUCAGAUCCUAGGGAGAGACAGAAUGAAUAAGAAAUCAUCAUCACAACACAAGAAGUCUAAUACUACUGAUCAUGUAUAAUUGCCAUAAUUAUAUGACAAUUUCCUAACCGAACACAGAAUACAUCUUGGACAAUAGAAAUAAUUCAAAUCUAUCAAAAUUCAAGAUGAUUUUCCACCCAACUAAUCUUUAAGUGUAUCAGCUAGAUCUCCAGUUAGAUUAUAAAGCAUAUUGCAAUCAGGUUAAAUGAAUAUCAAAAUAGACUAAUUGCUAAACCGGAAGAAGUAUGUGAAGUCCAGUAUACACGUGAAGUUACACUGA